AUGGCCUUGAGGCCUUCAUCUUUCGUCAUCCUACUGGCAUAUGGUGCUUUGUUAAUUCUGAUUUUUGUGACACCAUGCUGGUAUGUCAUAAUCCUACGUAUGGAAAAACAUGUGAAAUUGUCGAACUCAAAAAACAGUGUCUCGCAAUUGCAAUCAGAAAUUGAACAGUUAGGUGAAGUGUUACGACCAAUGAAAUCAUCAUCAACCAACAUGGCAAGAUUUUUAAGUUCAAGCCUUCAUGAUAUUACCAAUGUCUCAUUCUCUGAUAUAAAGAGCAAGGUGGCUCCGUUUCUGUUUGCAGCAUUUGAGACAAUUCCAUACUUGGCCGAAAUCUCAUACAUAGGUGUGGAAGGUCUCUUUUUCUCGUAUUACACUCAUAAUCAUCAAGUUCUUGCUAUGUACUGCAACUCAUCAUCAACUUCUGUUGCCUCCAACAAAAUCUUCAUUCAACCUGUGAACCCUGAAACUGGAGAGCUUCAUGGUGAACCCAAAAACAUGCUAUCUAACCCCUUUAUCAAUGCAAGUUGGAUUGGUGAAGCACUUAAUGUAUCAACUGGGUUUUCCUCAUUCAGAACCAAAUGGGUCAAUUCUGAUCUUUUGUUCCUCACUUCAGCCAGAAUCAUCACAAGAGGACUCAUCUCUCUUGGCUUUUCUGCAACGCCAAUAACUCAUUCUGUCACUCGCAUUGACCAACAACAUGGCACAAGCUCCUAUUUAGCUACCAAAGAUGGACAAGUUGUUGUGCCUGGGAUUCAACUCACCCAUUUCCUCAUUUCUAAUGAUACAGUUUCGUUUCAAUCACUCAAUGCAAAUACUACUAAUGGGGUCACUGUCUCAUGCAGGGAUGAAACUGCUGCUUCUAGUUUCAAUAUUAGAGAUAUUGCAUAUUCAAUUCACUGCUACACCAUCGAUAUAAUGGGAAUCGAAUCGGUGUAUGUGUUGGCUGUCCCAAAAGAAGGAUAUGCAAUCAUUGAUGGGAAUUACAAAGAAAAGGGAUUGAUAGUGUUUGUGGCAACAAUGGUCACUAUAUUUAUAGCUUUCUUCAGUUUCCUAUACGUAAACUGCAGAGCCUUUAGGCGAGAAAUGCAUUUGUGUGCCUCACUGAUCAAACAGUGUGAAGCCACCCAACAAGCUGAGAAAAAGAAUAUGAACAAGAGCACCGCUUUUGCGAGUGCCAGCCAUGAUGUUCGGGCUUCUCUCGCAGGAAUCACAGGUUUGAUAGAGAUAUCUUCAGAGUUGGUAGACCCGGGUUCCGAAUUGGAGACCAAUCUCAAACAAAUGAAUGGUUGUACCCAAGACUUACUAGGACUGUUGAAUUCUAUACUAGACACAAGCAAAAUUGAGGCAGGAAAAAUGCAACUGGAAGAAGAGGAGUUUGAUGUGUUCAAUCUCUUAGAAGAUGUAGUUGACUUUUACCAUCCUGUGGCUGCGAAGAAAGGUGUAGAUCUGGUGUUGGACCCUUGUGACGGUUCUGUAGUGGGAUAUUCACGCGUGAAAGGUGAUAGGGGCAAACUAAAACAAGUUUUGGGAAAUUUACUGAGCAAUGCUGUUAAAUUUACUGAUGAGGGACACAUAGCGGUACGCGCAUGGACUCGGAAGCCAAAACUACUGCAGAACUCCUCCACAGUCACUUUUAACCAGUUUGGUUUCAAGCAAUAUUUAUCAUGCUUAUUUCGUAACAAAACUCAACCACGUAGUGACGUCGAAUCCACGCGUUCAAUCCAAGAAGAUCCUCAUUCUAUGGAUUUUAUAUUUGAAGUGGAUGACACAGGAAAAGGAAUUCCUAAAGAGAAUUACAAGUCUGUUUUUGAGAAUUACGUCCAAAUCAAAGAUACUUCUCUUGGCCAAGGGGGAACUGGCUUGGGACUCGGGAUUGUGCAGUCGCUGGUGCGUUUGAUGCAUGGAGAUAUUGAAAUUGUGGAGAAGGAUACGGGUGAAAGAGGGACAUGCUUCAAGUUCAAUGUGGUUCUCAGUGUAUGUGAGAAUGAGGCAGUGUCAGAUGGUGUUGGUGGUGGAUCAGGAGACAGAAUAAUAGAAUGUGAGGAGGAGCAGCAGACUAUGCAGGCUUCGUGUUCUGGUUCUUCUAGAAUUUGUGCCAUGAGUCCUAAGUUACGAAUAUGCAGCUCUAGUCCAAAGCCUGAGGCUUCCCUUGUGGUUCUUUUGAUUGUUGACCAAGAGCGACAAAGGACUUCACAAAGGUUCAUGGAGAGGUUAGGGAUCAAAGUGAAAGUUGUGAAUACAGGAAAAGGUUUGUUUAAUACUCUGAGGAAGAUCAAGCUGAAGGCUAAGCAUUCCAGUGGCCAAAAUUCUCCAGCUUCUUCGGAUUUGAGUUAUUGGUCUACACCUCAUAGUUCUCUCGACAUAGCCACAAGAGUUUCUUUGAGUUCUAUGGAAGGAACUGAGCACAUGCCUUUAGUUUUCAAGAAAACUGAUGUGGGAGCUUCUCCCGGUUUCAUCCUUGUUGUGAUUGAUGCAAAUGCAGGACCAUUUUCUGAGCUUUACACGAUUGUGUCUAACUUCAAGAAAGAGCUUCGCAACCCGUGUAAGGUUGUGUGGUUGGAUAAACCCUUUAUGCGUAGAAUCAACUUGAAGGCCCUUAAUCAAGAUGACAUCGUCACAUCCAAACCAUUUCAUGGUACUCGUUUGUUCCAAACCAUAAAGCUCCUUCCUGAAUUUGGUGGUUCUUGGCAAAGCAAUUGUAGUAGAGCUAAGAGGGAAAUGGGUAAUGAGAAGGUUGAUGAUGGAGAAACACAACAAGAGAUUGGAAAGUCAUCAGGGUCUGAGAAAGCCUUGAGGGGUAAGAAGUUUUUGGUUGCUGAUGACUCUGCAAUUUUGCGCAAUAUAGCUUCUGCUACUCUGAUUUCUCUUGGUGCAACCGUGGAGCAAUGUGAGAAUGGUGAACAGGCUGUGAGGUUAGUUGAUGAGGGUCUAGCUCGGGAAUAUCCUCAUCCUCCUUACGAUUACAUCUUAAUGGAUUGUCAGAUGCCAAUAAUGGGCGGUCUUGAUGCAACAAAGUGGAUACGAAAGAUAGAGAAAGCUUAUGGUGUUCGCAUUCCUAUCAUUGCAUUGACUGCUGCAACAGAAAGAAUAACGAUAGAGAGUGGAAUGGACUAUCAUAUGGAUAAACCCAUUAACAGAGAGGAUUUACUUAAAGCCAUCACAUAUAUAAAUGGUAAAGUCUGA